UUUCACAACUGUUGGCUCUAUUUAGAUAUAGUCUCACCGGUGCUCCACGAGAAAGUGCUCGCGUCAAACAACAUUACAUUCUCCAUCAAGCCAGGGGAGGAUCAGUGACUCUGAUCUAGGUGGGCAUAUUGAAAGGACUGAGUUUUGAUUGCUAUAAUCACUACAUCCACAUCGCCCGCAUCAGGAUCCCCGCCAUGACGGAGUAUGACUUCCGGUGCCCCUCACACAUCCGCAGGCUGUUCACGACCCUGCGGGACCAGCAGCUGUCCGGGGAGUUCACGGACGUGGUUCUGCGGGUGGAACACUGCACCUUCCCGUGCCACCGCGCCGUGCUGGCCGCCUGCAGCCCCUACUUCUCUACCAUGUUCUCCGGCUCCCUCCGCGAGAGUCGCCAGAAGGAGAUACGGAUCCACGAACUGGAGCCCAGGACCAUGGCGCUUCUCCUGGACUACGUCUACACGUCUGAGGCGAAGAUCACCACCGACAACUGUCAGGGGCUGCUGUCCGCCGCUGAACUCUUCCAGUUCCCGGAUCUCAAGCACGCAUGCGCAGCUUUCCUUCAACGGCAUCUCGACAUGUCCAACAGUCUGGGCAUCCAGCAUUUCGCGCUUGCGCACCAGUGUCUCGCCCUGAAGGAGGAGGCUCACAAGUACACCUUGGACCACUUCCCAGACGUCGCUAAAUCGGACGAGUUCCUUGACAUUUCCUUGGACGUCUUAAGAAAGUACAUCUUAAAUCCAGCAACCAACGUCAAGGGCAGAGAACAGAUCCUGGAGGCAGUCAUGAGGUGGGUGCAGUGGGACGACGACAAGAGGAAGCGACAUUUACCGGAAAUGUUAAAAGUCACGCAACUCAACAAGAUCGCAUCGGACUAUCUGGACAGGCUACCUGACGAGUAUUACUUGAUUCGCGAGUCUAAGGAGUGCCUGGAGAUGAUCACACGUGCGAAGGAACAGCAGGCAGUCGGAGGACAACCCGUGGAAGACCAUGUCAACCUGAGCUUCCCCGGGUAUGACCGAGGCUCGACCGAUGUCAUGCUGAUUGUGGGUGGACUGUGGGGUAAACAUGAGCAGGAGUGUAGAGGUGUGUUUAUGUACGAAACCGCCACGGACUACUGGCGACAGUGCAAGCAGCUGCCCAAGUAUGACAUGAAAUAUUACGCGGUGGCGGCGGCGGGCCAUCGCGUGUUCGUGACUGGCGGCUACGACUCGUACCGAAAACGUCCCCUCAGCCUGGUCCAGGUGUACGACUUGAUGGACGACAGCUGGACAGAAGCACCCGAGUUAAACCGUGCGCGUUAUCGGCACUGCAGUGUCUCCCUGGGAGAUCACGUCUACGUCUUAGGCGGGUUUGACGGGCACAUUAAGACGGCCAGCGUAGAACGCUUGUGUGUGUCACGAUUCUCAGACUGGGAGCGGUUCGACUCAAUGCUUCAAGAGGUGGAAAUGGCCUCUGCGACUGCCUACGGUGACAAGAUAUACGUAUUCGGCGGUGCCACACCCGGGCAUUCAUCCACGGAAAAGGUUCAGUGCUACAGCCUAGCUCGGCGUGACUGGGAGUACGUGUCGCCGCUGCCUACAUCGACGUGGGCCGUGUGUAGCGCCGCUGCCCGCGGGCUGAUCGCAGUACUAGGUGUCACAUUUACCUCCACUAGACUCAUGCAGCUCUACGACCCUGACGCCGAUCAGUGGAUAGACGUCCCGCCCCUGCCGUAUGACCGGAUGUACUGCUCCAUGGCCGCACUGGACGGGAAAAUCUACGUGACCGGAGGGGAGGACACCAACACCCAGGACACCCUCUCCACCAUGCACGUGUACGAUCCCUCCAACAACACCUGGGUGGAGAUGAACCUACCAACCGCCAUCAACUCUCACGGGUCCGCCACCGUACAGAAAGUAAAUGUGCAGUGGCUGAUACACAGGCCUCGUAGUUAGGACGGAGGUAAACGAGCAUAGGGACUCUGAACAGCUUGAUCUUUUUUUUUUGAUCUGUUGAAAAGGAAACACUGAUGAAACUUCUUUAGGUACAAUAGUCUUUAUUCUAUCUACUGAGAGAAACAUAUCUGAAAGAACACUUAAUGUAAACCUUCGGACUCGCCAACAUAGUGUCAUGCCCACGGAAAUAUAUACUCGGAGAUUAUCAUUAUCAGACGAAUGCCGUCAUUGUAAUUUCCAAGUACUACAUGUACAAUUGUCUCUUACAUUCAAAUACUAGUCGCUACUACAUACAAUAUUAAAAUAUUUUUUUUGUACCAAGCUAUCAACUUGACAUUAAAACGUUCAACCAGGGUACAGAAGUAGUGUUCCUUUCAACAACACAGUAAUUAUUAUCAUUACUAAACAAAGUCCACGUUAUCUUCACUGGUCUUCAGACAGUUAUGGAAUAUCACAUUACAUUCUAAA